AUGGCGGUAGGUAAUUAUAUUUUAUUAAUUAUUAAUUUAAGAAAGAUUAUUCGGGAAUAUGGACAUUCAAUAUAUUGGGAUUCGGGAAAUUGGGUGUUCAGGGUGUUAGAAUUCGUGAAAUUGGAUGUUCGGGAAAAUGAAUAUUUCAUGCAAUUAGGGAAAUUGGGUUUCGGGAAGUUGACAUUCGAGAAAUUGGACUUUUCGGUAAAAUGUCCAAUUCAGGAAAUUUGCCUUCGGGCGAGUGGACUUCGGGAAAAG